UAUAUUUGUACUUUUACCUGGAAAAAAAGCUGGUCCCAAGCAACACGAUACAUACAACUAUACAAGUGGAUUAUUACUCUACUCAAGAGAAACUGGAAGAGGGGAAUCAAUUUUCAUCAUCAGAAUCAAAGUAUCAAACGUCUGCCUUCUCCUCAGAGAUUGUAGCACUGCUGCAGAUCGUUCUCCUCGACUUGCCAUUCCUGUUGCUGAGCAGCACUUGAGCUUGGGUGCCCUCAUUGCACUCAACGGCGGUGUUGCAGCCCCAUGAUUCACAUCCCUUAGCACAGACCGAGCAACUGCUAUUGCCGAAGCAACUUUCGGGUCGCUGUGCAGCUUCCCCUUCUUCAACAUGUUGGAACCAGCUGGGGAUUGGUUUAUGCUUGUCAAGCAGCUGCCAAUGAUGAAGAAGGAACUCCCAUUCAACGGCUCGAGGCAGGAAUGCAGACACCUCUGAUAAAAGCAACCAUGAUCCUAAAGGUGCGGUCCCCUUCUCUGUUGGCAUUGAUUCUCUUAAGCACAGAAAUUCAGAUGUCCUUAUGAUAUUUUCAAGUGCUAUACCAAUCUUAGGUUUUAGUUUUCUUUUUCUUUCCUAAACUUGCACAAAUCUUCUUCACCCAAGGUGCCACCUCACUAUGCAGUCAAAUUUAGUAUAUAUGACUACAAAAUUAAUUGCCCUAGCAAGGUCAGGCCAGGUCAUGCACGCUCGUAAGCUGUUCGAUGAAAUGCUUCUCAGAGAUGUAGUAGCCUGGAACUCAAUGCUCAGCAGUUAUUCCCGAUCCGGUCUUCACCAAGAAGCACUCUCUUUGUUCAAGAACAUGAGGAUCGGCGCAGUUCAACCAGAUGACUAUACAUUUACAUCCAUGCUUAGCGCAUGUGCAGGCUCAAGUGAGCUCAAAUAUGGGAAGAAAAUCCACGCCCUUCUAAUUCUGUGUGGGUAUAAUGCAUGUUUGCCAGUUAAUAAUGCACUAAUUGAUAUGUAUGGGAAAUGUUUCAGCCAUGAUGAUGCAAAUAGAGUGUUUGAAGAGAUGGAUGCCACUAAUGAAGUUUCAUGGUCUUCGUUAUUGUUUGCGUAUGUUAAUGUGAAUGAAUUGGACAUAGCCACCAUUAUUUUCAAGUCAAUGUUGAAGAAAGGGGUGAUUGCAUAUAAUACUAUGAUUGCUGGGCAUUCUAGACGAGGUGAAGUGGGAUUGUCAUUUGGCCUUUUCAGAGAUAUGUUUGAGGAGCCUUGUACUCCAGACAAAUGGACAUUGAGUGCUCUCAUGACUGCAUGUUCUGAAUCAAGACAACACUCCCUCGGCUGUACAUUGCAUAGUUACAUUCUGAAAAGUGGUUGGAGUUCAGCCAGUGAAGCGAAUAAUUCAACUCUCAGUUUCUAUGCCAUUGUGGGUCGCCAUAAAGAUGCUCUGAAGUUGGCUCAAGGCACCGACACUGUUCUAAAUGAAGUUUCGUGGAAUGUGGUAAUUGACAUUCACAUGAAAUUGGGCAACAUAUGUGAAGCAUUUACUGCUUUCACUCAGGCAGCCAUGAAGAAUCUGGUUUCAUGGACAACUAUGAUUGCAGGAUGUGCCAGAAAUGGGCAUGGAGAAGAAGCAAUAAACCUCUUCAUUGAUAUGUCAAGAAAUGACAGCGAUAUAAAGCCUGACGAGUUUACACUUGGAGCCGUUUUGCAUGCUUGUUCUACCUUGCCUGUGUUAGGUCAUGGCAAAAUGGUCCAUGGUUUCGGAUUUAAACAGGGGUUUAUUUCCCACACUUAUGUUGGAAAUGGCUUGGUCAACAUGUAUGGUAAAUGUGGGGAGACAAGAGAUUCACAUGCGGCGUUCUGUGAGAUUCUUGAGAAGGAUUUGGUGUCUUGGAAUACCAUGUUAUUUUCGUAUGGACUCCAUGGAUGUUCUACACAAGCUUUUCAGCUUCUUGAGGAAAUGGUGGCAUGUGGGGUGUGUCCAGAUAAAGCAACCUUUAUAGGGCUGUUGAUGAGCUGUAGCCACUCAGGGCUUGUAGAUAACAGUGGGGCUUUGUUUGAGUCAAUGGCGGGUGUUUAUGGGAUUUCACCCGGGGUUGAUCAUGUGACUUGUUUGGUUGAUAUAUUAGCCCGUGGUGGGUAUAUGGAAGAAGCAAGAAGGAUUGCUGAUGUGUACUCUGAAAGAAAUAGCACAGCCCUGCCACGAGAAGUUCUAUUUGGAGCUUGUUCUUCUCAACAUGAUAUAGAAUUGGGACUAGAGUUGGGGAAAAGUCUGAAAAUUUUAGAGCCCCAGAAUGAGAUGAGCUAUGUGUUAAUGUCCAACCUGUACUGUGCAAGUGGGCAGUGGAAAGAAGCAGAGAUGGUCAGGCAAGCAAUGGUGGAUGAGGGGAUUAAGAAGAUCCCUGGUUUUAGUAGGAUUGAAGUGCAAAGGGAACUCAUUACCGUUGUAGCAGGAAUAGACUCAAAUCCAUGGAUGGGGGAAUUAAAUGGCGUGUUGUCCAUUCUUCAUACUGAUAUGAGGUGUCUAUAACUUGUUGGGGUGGGAUUCCCUGAGACUAGUGUUCUAAUAGCGCCAUAAACAUGCUGCGAGUUUCAUUGUAUAUCCACUUUAUAAAAGAUGGGACUAAAUUAUAGGAAGAAGUCACUUGUGUACAUAUUUUAACAAUUCUAAUGCUUAAAAUAGCAAUGAUAUUCCAUUAUGCCUUUUUAUUUUUUUACUCUAAGGGCAUGUUUGGC